AUGAUUGGAAAGGGAUCGACGGUGAUUGUGAUCAAGGCAAAGGAUGGAUCGGUGUUUGGUGGUUAUGCGGAUGAACGAUGGGAAUGCGGUACAGAAUGGUAUGGUAAUAGUAGUAAUUUCUUGUUUCGGUUGACGGAAGGAUAUGGUGGAUGGCCUGGGACAACAGCCAAUGGACAUUAUCAGUACUUGUGUUGGGGUAAAAAGACAUUACCGAAUGGGAUGGGAUUGGGUGGACAAUUUGAGUAUGCUGGGUUAUGGAUGGAAACGGAUUUUAUGCAUGGACAUUCAAGAGGUGGACCAUUGUGUACUACAUUUGAUAGUCCUCGAUUGUCACGUGAGGAGAACUUUCUUGUGGAUGAAGUGGAAGUGUGGUUGGUGAAACCGUUAAAGAGAGACGAAAAUGAAGAAGCAAUGGAAGGUGGCGGGGUACUGAGCCACGCUCAAGAUAUGGAAUUUAUGGAAAUGGCUGGUAAAAAAAUGUAUUCCAAGAACCUUGGUCCUGAUGCUUCAGGUAAACAUAAAGCAUAA